CUUUCUUUUGCCUUUCAGUUGGCAGCCGUUUUGGUCUUCUGUACACCUGUCCUGCAGCACCAUAUACUGUGUCCACACACAGGGUCCAUCUACAGCAGCAUCAUGGAGGAUAUUGAGCACAGUAUUGCCGAGUCCGGUUUUCUGACCAAUUCCUAUCCGCCAACUCUGGAUGGAACUUUUGAAACUCUUUACAGCAGCAAGGAGCAGCUGCGGAUCUUCUUGGAGUCGAAGCCCAGCAGGAAAAGAUUACACUCCUCAUCUGUGCGUGAUUUGGACGAUGAGCCCCAAUUAACUUGCCCUUCACAGAUGCAUUAUCCCAGUGCUCCAAAUAUCCAAGAUUUUUAUAGAAGUAAUUAUCAGAACCAGGGCGAGAUCGAUGAGGCUGACAAGGAGCAAGAGACACCACUAGACCAACAAUCGUUUAAUAUCUCUGGAAGGACAGGAGACAAUGUAGAGAAGAAGAAGUCGUUUUGGCAAACAUCGGUGAAGAUCCCACGGUGGCUGAUUGCUUGUUCCUGUGUGUUCGUCCUCCUUAUACUCACAGCCGUAUUGCUGGGUUUUCUAUUAUCCCGGGGUGCAGUGAAGGAUGUCAGCCCCUGUGGACCCCCAUGUGAAGAGUCCUGGAUUUGGGUUGGAGGUCGCUGUUACUUCUUCUCAAAUCAUUAUAAGUCCUGGAAUGACAGCCUGGAGUUCUGCAAUACACAUGGCUCUGCACUGGCCGUGCUCAUCAAUCCGGAGAUACAGAAAAACAUAAAACGUUAUCGGGAAACUGUUAAUUACUGGAUUGGGCUCAGCAUGAACCAGGACGGGCGGUGGAUGUGGACUAAUGGUUCCCCGUAUAAUGGCAGUGUAGAUAAUCAGAACAUCAGCGACCUGAGAUGCGCUUACCUGAACUCCCACCUGGGCGCGCUAGACUGCUCUACGCGACGUCAAUGGAUUUGUGUUAAGGACUCCGCCAGGUAGCAGCCGAUUCCAUAUUGGAAGCCCAGAACCUGGGAGAAGAUGACGACAUUACCAUGAGAUGUCAGAGGUCUUAUUGCGGAGGCACUGGGCUACUUGAAUGGGGGUUUUUAACCAUCUCAAUGACAAAUCAUAAGUCUGUGCUGGAUUUCUGCACAAUGCUGGUGGUAAUGAAAGUAGUGAUCCUGAUGGAAGUAGUGGUACCGAUGCUGAUGGGGUCAUAGUGAUGGUGAUAUUGCUGUUGAUGUUCGUUUAUCACAAUGCUGCUCCUUGCACUGAUCACUUCCCUGUAGCUGACAGGUGGACAUUAGGGCUCUAGUGGGGUGUAGGUUUCUGGUUUUGUAGCUGGAUUCUAUAUUACGGGUUGGUUCUUUCCCACGGUCAGUGACUGGGUCCCCUGUUAACGCCCU